AUGGUUCUGCCACGUACCCGACAGCGAGUCGGUAACAAUGAGAACGACGAGAAUGUCGCCGCCCAAUCUACACGUCUAACACGCGCAAAGGCCGCCGGUCUCUCCAACCCCGAAGAAAAUUCCUCCAAUGCAAAGAAGGUGGUUCAGACAAAGAAGUCUGCCAAUGGCACAUUGACUGGCGCACAACGUCAACGUGCAUUACGAGAUGUAACCAAUGCUGCCAAAGGUAUCGAGGUCGUUCAAGAAGGAAAGAAAGCUACAAAGGUUGGCCUUCAGUCAAAAGCUGCCCAGUCAACCGGCGGUGUUCAGAAACUCUCCAGAACAAACUCGUCGAGAGCCGCCCUUGGAGUCAAGGACAACAAUGUCAAACCCAAGCCGGUUUCCGAUUUGAAGAAACCGGGAAGUGGUUCAGGUGCACAUCAGAAGAAGCGAACCCAAACAUCCGCAUCGACUAUCCCCUCCUCCAAAGAUGCCACCCCAGAUGUCGAAGAGCCUCCUCGAAAGAAGUCAUGCACUCAGGAAGAUAUCGAGACUGCCCAAGCAGAUGAUGGCACAGACAUCAUUGCUGAUCUUGACGCUGAAGACAUCGAUGAUCCUUCCAUGUGUGCUGAAUAUGUGCGUGAAAUCUUCGAAUACUACAUGGCCUUGGAAGAAGUCACUCAACCAAACGCCAACUACAUGGACCAUCAAGACGACCUGGAAUGGAAGAUGAGAGGCAUUCUCGUUGACUGGCUGAUCGAGGUUCACACUCGUUUUAGGUUGUUGCCCGAGACCUUGUUCCUUGCUGUCAACAUUGUCGACCGUUUCUUGUCUCAGAAAGUCGUGCCUCUCGACAAGCUGCAACUCGUCGGUAUCACCGCCAUGUUCAUCGCCUCCAAGUACGAAGAAGUUCUUUCUCCUCACGUUGGCAACUUUGUUCACGUCGCCGAUGAUGGCUUCACAGUCGACGAAGUCUUGAGUGCAGAACGAUAUACUCUAUCCACAUUGAAAUAUGACUUGAGCUAUCCCAACCCCAUGAACUUCUUGCGAAGAAUCUCAAAGGCCGACAACUAUGAUAUCCACACCCGAACUCUUGGAAAGUACUUGAUGGAGAUCAGUCUCGUGGACCAUCGCUUCUUGGAAUACAAACAGAGUCACAUAGCUGCUGCUUCCAUGUACCUCGCUCGAAUGAUUCUUGAUCGUGGUGGCUGGGAUGCUACUCUCACCAAGUUUGCUGGUUAUUCCGAAGAAGAAAUUCUGCCUGUCUUCGAACUCUUGAUCGAUUAUCUUCAGGCUCCAGUUGCUCACGAGGCACUAUUCAAGAAAUACGCAAGCAAGAAAUUCCUCAAGGCAUCGAUCCUCUCUCGGAAAUGGGCUAAGGACUAUUGUUCCAGCUUACGAGGAGGUGGUGUGUCGCUGGUCGAUACCAAGCAAUAG